AAGUUGGCAGUCACGAGCCAAACGCUCCUGCUCAGCCGCGGAGUCCGUAUAUGCGUGUGUUCGUGCGCGAUGACGACUUUUUUCAACCUGGCAGUAACAGAUCAAUGAAGGAAAACUGCCUACGAUAAUUGACUUGUGUGCCGCGUGGUUAUAAUCGUGCGUUGGUAAAUUGUUGCUUGCAUGCUGUUCAGUUCGGUGCUAUUGAGCGCGUACACGUGUAUCGUUUCGUCAGCCAAUUGCAUCAGUUUUUCGGCUGUUGCGAAAAAAAAAACAAAUUCUAUUGUGCAUCAUAAGAUGACGAUUUAAAACAACAAAACAAAAAGGUCUAUCAAUCAAAUGUCAGUCAAAAUAAAAAAAAAGCACUAUGCGGAACUUUCUAUUCUCAGCGUCGCCGGCAAACCGUGAAAUGACUGUCCCUUCCCGCGUGUAUGUGCCGUGCAUUAUCCCAGCGUAACCGCGAGUAAAAAUGCAUCCGUUCGACGGUGGAAAUUUUUCGUACACGUGUUUUCCCGUGCGUGAUUAAUAUUCGUGCGUGUUGGUAAUUUCGGCAAUCGAUGCCGACGAAACGAUCGUCUCUCUCUUUUUAUUUGAUCAGCUGACUUUAUAAUUCUGGAAAUAGAAAAAUAACCGGUGAUUAAUCAUUCGCUCCGCUUGAUAUGCUCGAACGAGGUUUAGUAGUUUUACAACUAGAGCGUGAAAGUCUUUAAUGUGCCUCGCGAUUUUCGUUUCAACCGAUCGAUAUUCGAAUCACCGGGGAGAUCUGGCUUUGCUUUUUUCUUAUCGGUCAGCGCACGUAUAAUAAUCGCAAAGCGCUGAAAAAAUUGUUUUUUGUUAAAGGCAGGGGAUCAGGAAAUAUGUUGUUGUGUGUCUUGAAUAAUUGCGAUGCCGCGGAGUGCGAGUGAAGUGCAGAUAUUAUAAAGGAACUCGUAGGCCUUUUUUAUAUACACACGGCAGUUCGACGAUACGCACGAUGGACGGACUUGUCGAGCUGUUCCUAUUCUGUGGAGUCAUAUAUUACUUCCUCAGUUUUAGGAUCACCGACAUGGUGGACGUAAUGCAAAAUCGCGUGCAAGAUGUAUUCGCAGGUUGGGAUUCCAAGACAGAUCGUGUGAUAGCCGAUGAGAAUGCACCGAAAGUCUCGACAAAUGAGCUGAAACGAGCAGGACUGUCAAUUCAGAAACGAGCAGCUAGGAAUAAGGAACAAGCACGAGCAGUGCGUAAUAAUUCGCUGUUUCGUAUCAAGGAGACAGAAAUCACAGUGGCAGAUCCUACGAGGAAUAUGUCUUUUCUGUAUUAUUGUUGCAGUAGCUGUACACCUGCGUCAAGGGACUCUUUAGUAAGUACAACAUCAAAGCAACAUCACUCAAACAUCACAAAUCUUCUCAUAGUGCCGCCAAAAUUGAAUCUUCUGUCCAAAAUCUUCUCACACACGUCUCAUGUGCUGACGUUUAAGAAGUACGAUUAUCCAAAGGUCACUCAAACUGUCCUAGAUGACGAGAGGUUAAAAAGUGCAAUUGCGCAAACAGCCCGAGAGACAAGUAGGCACGAGGGUAUCUCGGAAGAUGAAGCUCUGCGUAAAUGUGAAGCUCGAGCAAAAUCCAUCCUUGAACGAAUGCAAAGUAAAUUAAGCGAUGCUUUGUUGAGGUUUACCGCGUGGACACUGUACAAGCUGUUGCCUUGUUUCAUCACUUCGGCAGCUGUUCAAAGCCGACAUCUCGACGUACUACAGAAAGCCAAUGAAUCGGGACUUCCACUUAUAUUCAUGCCGUUGCAUAGAAGUCAUUUGGACUAUAUUAUGAUUAGUUUCCUGUCAUUGAUGAACAAUAUCAGAUGUCCACUUGUUGCUGCUGGGGAUAAUCUAAGGAUCCCGUUAUUCGGUUGGCUGAUGAGUGGUUUAGGCGCCUUUUUUAUAAAGCGUCGUAUGGAUCCAGUUGCCGGUCGCCGUGAUUUGCUGUACCGAGCAACUCUGCACACAUAUAUAAUGGAGUGUUUACGGGCUGGCCACAACUUGGAAUUCUUCGUAGAAGGUGGUCGUACACGCACUGGCAAACCUUGCAUGCCCAAAGGUGGAAUUCUCAGUGUAGUUAUUGACGCUUAUAUGGAUGGUACGAUUGAAGAUGCUCUUCUCGUUCCGGUCUCAAUGAAUUACGAAAAGUUGGUCGAUGGAAAUUUUGUGAGGGAACAACUUGGUCAGCCUAAGAAAAUGGAGACUUUUGGAUCGACCGUAAGAGCUAUAUGGUCAACACUUAAGGGCAAUUAUGGUAUUGUCAAGAUUGACAUCUGCCAACCUUUUUCCUUGAAGGAAAUGCUUAAAUUCUUCAUUGCACAACAAAAUAAAUUAACCGUUCCUAGUCCCGGAGAUAGGACAUUGAAAGUUACAAUGUCGACGUCGUCGCUGUACGGAACUGACGUUGUCGUAGAAGAACACCGAGAGUUAGUCGAUAAAAUUGCUCGUCAUGUAGUUUAUGAUUGUUCGAGAUCAACACCGAUUAUGUCGACUAAUAUCGUAGCUUUCUUACUACUUAACAAAUUUAGAGACGGAUGUACUUUAGAGCAAUUAGUUGAAGCAUUCGAUACGAUGAGGAAAGAAUUAGAGUGGACCAAUCGAGAUGUCGCAUUUUGUGGAGAAGCUGUUGAUAUUAUUAAUCACGCACUUGACAUUCUUGGACCAGGUUUGGUCAAGCAACAACGUCAAGAGAUCACAGACGCAGUAGAUGGUUACUUGGUGAAAUCACAAAUGAUAACAGCGAUCAGGCCAGUAUCAAUUCUACCAAACGUGAUCGAGUUAUCGUACUACAGUAACACAUUGCUCGUACACUAUAUAAUGGACAGUGUCGUAGUGACAGCAUUGUAUGCUGCACUCAAAUCUCAAACGGAAGAUCCAAAAGUAUCAGAAAAUCAUGACCUCACUAUCUCGCACAGUACCCUUGUAGAAAAUGCACUCGCUAUUUGUGAUAUACUCAAGUAUGAGUUCAUAUUCUGCAGGCCCUGCCAGGAGCUUGAUCAAAUUGUUGCUCAAGCUAUCGAGAAUCUUGGUACUUUCGGAAUCAUUUACAGAAACGAAUCGGGUCUUCUGGAAGAAGAAAUUUGGAGCAAAAAAUAUGCAGCGCAUUUCGAUGAUAGCUCUGACGAAGAGUACGCUAACGAGCACACCACGAGGAAACUAGAAUACAAACUUAGUUUAUUAAAUGAACACACGCAGCGUAUGGAAUUUCUUCAUACGAUCCUCCGACCACUUAUCGACACCUACACUUACAGUGCUUUCUGCCUGAGGAAAUUGGUCGGUCGAUCUCUGUCCGAAAGAGAUUUAAUACAAGAAAUACUUAGUGAAAUAAAAAUACACAUAGAUCAGGGAAUCGUUAAUUAUGGAGAAAGUUUAUGUGUAGAUCCUAUCAAGAAUUCAUUAAAAUUGUUCGAAAAGAAAAAUAUCCUUGAAUGUCAUCCACAAGAAAAUAUAAAGAUUUAUUACUUAAAAGAAGAGUACGAUGAUGAUAUAGCUGCUAACGAAGUUUAUGAAACUAUAGCAGCAUACAAAUGGACGAGAAAUAUUGAUUAAAGAAGAUCAUACAAUUCUCUUCAAACUUUUGUUGGUUCCUAAAUGUUUCACAUUAGACGAACGAGAGAUACACAAUAUUUAUUUUGUUACGUCGGUCGAAAGAUUAUUGUAUAAAUAAUAAUUAGAUUUUAAGUACAAAGCGAAGAAAUGUAUUAUUAGUGUUCAAUAGCGCACCACAAUGAAAAACUAUUUUUGUUUGACAACGGUUGUUAAGAGAACAGAAAUGCAAAGACAAUAUAGAUUCUAUUUUUAUGUAAAUAGAUGAUUUAGGUUGAAUUGUGAGCUCAGUUAUUUUUUUUGUUAUAAAAGUAUAAUUUUUAAUUUUGUUCAGUUACACUUUAAUGGAAGAAAUAUCCAAGGAAAAGACAAAUGAAGUAGAAUUAAUUUAAUGAUUGGCUUAUUUAUAAGAGGUCUUCAUUUUUGAAAAUAAUUUGAAAUAAAGUUUUUUUGCCAUGAAUAGAAAUUUUAGUCAAUCUACAUUUUUUUUCUUUCGAUCGAUUCACUUUUUUAUCUGCAUUUGUACAAAGAAGAAAAUCAUAAUAAAAAUUUAGUUUUUAUGAGAAAUGUAAUUAUAUAUCUAU